UGAAGAGCAGGGUCGACCCGUCAUCAUGUGCACCGGGCUUCCGAGGACUGCCUGUCCGCUGCGACUUUUUGCCCUCUGCAUCCUUCUUUCCCACGCAGCAGCCUAUUUCGGCCUUACAGGUCGCGAGCCACUGGUCUUUCUGCCCGGUCCUUUUGCCAACGAGCCUCCGAACGGUAAAGCGCACCUGAAGCAAUGCGAGCAGAUGACUUUGACGCGCCGGCAAAAGCGCUUGUGCCGGCGAGAACCGGGGCUGGCGGAGACUCUGAGGGAAUCUGUCCGUCUCAGCCUCCUGGAGUGCCGCUAUCAGUUCCGCAACGAGCGCUGGAACUGUAGUAUGGAUGGCCGUGGAAGCCUUUUAAAACGAGGCUUUAAAGAGACGGCCUUCCUGCUCGCGGUGUCAUCAGCAGCGUUGUCUCACGCGCUGGCCAAAGCGUGCAGCUCGGGGCGCAUGGAGCGCUGCACCUGCGACGAUUCUCCUGGGCUGCAGCACCGCGAGGCCUGGCAGUGGGGCGUAUGCGGGGACAACCUCAAAUACAGCACUAAGUUUCUCAAGAAAUUCUUGGGGCAAAAACGGGUCAGCAAGGACCUGCGUGCCCAAAUCGACGCUCACAACAUUAACGUCGGCAUCCGGGCGGUGAAGAGUGGUCUUAAGACUACUUGUAAGUGUCACGGUGUCUCCGGUUCUUGUGCUGUGAGAACAUGCUGGAAGCAGCUCUCCCCGUUUCAAGACACAGGCCAUCUGCUGAAGUACCGCUAUGACACAGCCAUUCGAGGGCAUAGUGUUACCAACUCCGCCACUGGAGAGAUCGAGCUGGCAAACCCACGGCGCCACAGCAACACAGGUCCCCGUCUGCGGCCCACCGAGCUGGUAUUUCUGGAGGAGUCACCCAGCUUUUGCAGGCCAUCGCGCUACUCCCCCGGGACGGCUGGCAGACCGUGUUCAAAGGACACCAGCUGCAGCAGCCUGUGCUGUGGACGGGGCUACAACACGGCCCUCCACCUCACCACCCUCUCCUGCCACUGCCAGGUCCGCUGGUGCUGUCACGUCGAGUGUCAAACCUGCCUCCGAGAGGAAGAGGUCUACACCUGCAAAAAACACUGAUAGCAAG